AUGGGCAACGGUCCAGCACCAUUUUCAGAUAUUGGAAAACGAGCAAAAGACCUUCUGACAAAAGAUUAUAAUUUUGAUCACAAGUUUUCCCUUUCGGUUCCAAGCUCUAAUGGGAUGGGCCUUACAGCUACUGGUGUGACGAGGGGUAAUAUUUUUAUUGGCGACAUUAGUACCCAGCACAAGUGUGGAAGUACUACCGUGGAUGUCAAAGUUGAUACUUAUUCUACUGUCUUUACAAAAGUAACUGUAAGCGAUGUGUUGCCAUGUACCAAAGCAGCAUUUAGCUUCAGCAUACCUGAUCACAAGUCUGGCAAGCUGGAUGUGCAGUACCUUCAUCAUCAUGCAGCUAUCAAUUCCAGCAUUGGUUUGAACCCAACACCUCUUUUGGAGUUUGCCGCAGCAGUUGGAAACAGGGAUCUAGCUCUCGGUGGUGAAAUUGGAUUUGAUACUGCCUCUUCUUCGUUCAAAAAGUGCAAUGCUGGGAUAAGCUUUAACAGGCCAGAUUUUUGUGCUGCAUUCAUUCUGUAUGUAUCACCAAACCUGGCCAUAUUUGCUGUUCGUAUGUGUGUCUUCAUGUAUGUGUCCCAUUAGGUGUUUACUGCUGACAAUGGUAUGCUUGAGCCUCAUUUGGGUACCUUGCUGGUGUUGAACUCUGGGUGACAUGGCUAUCUUGAAAAGUGAACCAACUGAUGAGUAUCAAUGUCUUCCUUGUGUAUAUAUGCAAUGCACUAACCGCAGAAAAUCCUGAAGUUGAAAAAUCAUAGAAUAAUAGGUUCUAUUAAAGAUCAUAGACAAUGUGAUUUAGACAUGACUUGGUACUUAUAUAGGACACUGCACAUGCAUUUUUUUGUUACCUUGGAGUGCUAUGCAUGUUGUUCUUCAUGUGUCUUUGUAUCUAGUGGCCACAAAGUGUUUCUUAUGUUUGGAUUCUGAUCUAUAGGAGUCGUCUAUCAUUUCAAAAAUGUGGCGAUUUUUUUUUUUGGGAAAGCCUUAUUGCAUUUGGCUGAUUUUAUCCUAAUCUGAUCUAGUUUCUAUAUAUUGGUUUAUAUGAAAGUGAUAGGAAAGUUUUAUUUAUUGAAGACUUUUUUUGAAUCAAUGUUUUCAGUGAUUCAUUUACAUCAUCUCAAGAUCAGUUGAUGAAUAUGAUUACUUGGCCAUGUUCAACAACGACUACUAAUUGGACGAAUGAGCAAGGGCGUUGAUUUUAUUUUUAGGGGAAGGGAAAGCCAGAACUCACAUGCUUUCGAAUAGUGAUAAAAGCAUUGUAUAAUAUGGCUUUAACUUAAUUGUAUGACUAGAAAUAGCUAGGAUAACAAAACUGGACAU